UGCCUAAACCGAGACUAUCUGGUCUUUUUUUUUUGGUUUGCGACGGAAAAUCUACACACUGUUCUCAGAUAUGUGUCCACACAUGCACUUACUUAUUUCAAUUAAAUCGCAUCGUUUCCGUCAUAUAAUUGCUAUUCAAUUAAUUGUACUCUAAUCGAAAUCUAUCUGAAUUUUGCCACCUUUCCCUCUUCCUAUUGAUUUUUAUCUCAAAUUUAGACCGAUUUCGUGUUGAGAAACACGCCUUUAUCAUUAUGCUCUAAAUCACACGCAUUCCGUUAAAAAACAAAAAAAAAAAAAAAAACGUUUAUUUAAAGUUUCUUCAAAAAGUACGUGUUGAGAGACGGUGAAGUUCUCCGUGCGUCAGAAGGAGCAACCGAUCCGACCGGUGCACGUGAGAGAAAGCAGGCCAUUGAUUGGUUAGACUCCGUGUGCGUGCGCGCGCGCGUGUGUGUCUAUUAUUUAUUAUGAGACGCAUCUCAUCUUCAGUAAAUCCUGCUCGACGGUCCGUUCAGUGGACGGAAACCGUGUGUCUCCUGCUUUGAGUCAGAGUGAAGUUGUGAAGAGACUGAGAUGUAGACUCUUCAUUUUGGCACAAUGCACAUGAACAAUCUGCUGAACUGCUGGAAUGAGAUUACAGGGAUCUCUGAGGUGGCCGUGUCUCCUGAACCCGGUAGCCCCACCCUUCUGAGUGAGUGUACAGAUACAUACUGCCAGGCCGAGCGCCGGAACCGCCUCCAUACCCAUGUCUGCAAAUUGCACUUCUGGGAGGAUUUCAGUGCCGAACUCAUAGGGAGUGGCUUCUUCUCCAAAGUCUUCAAGGUCAUGCACAACACCACGAGGAAGGUGAUGGUGGUGAAGGUUUAUAAGAAUGACGUGGAUCAGGAAAGCAUCAUAAGGGAGAUCAGCCUUCUGCAAAAACUCUCACACCCCAAUGUGGUGAGGUAUCUGGGGAUUUGUGUCAGAGAGGAUAAACUGUAUCCAGUUCUUGAGUAUGUAAAUGGAGGCUGUUUGGAGGAGCUCUUGGCAGGAAGUGACAUCACACUUUGUUGGAGGGAGAAGGUGGAACUGGCCUGUGAUAUCUGUAGAGGAAUGAGUUACCUCCAUUCCAGAAACAUCUACCACAGAGACCUGAACUCUAAGAACUGUCUGAUCCGAGUGACAGCACAGGUCAGAGAAGCAGUGGUGACGGAUUUCGGUCUUGCCCGGGAGGUGGUGGAGCUUCCUGUUAACAGUUCUGACAGGAAGAUGUCCUUAGUGGGUUCUGCGUUUUGGAUGGCCCCCGAGAUGCUGAGAGGGGAACCGUAUGACCGCAAGGUGGAUGUUUUCUCAUUUGGGAUCAUGCUGUGUGAGAUUCUGGCUAGAAUUCCUGCUGACCCGGAAGUUCUGCCUAGAACACAAGAUUAUGGUUUGGAUGUGGAGGCAUUCAGUGAGCUGGUAGAGGGAUGUCCAGAGAAAAUUCUGGCGCUCUCAGCCAACUGCUGUCAGAUGGAUGCCUAUCGGCGGCCGUCCUUUUCUGACUUACUGGAAAUGCUGGAGGAUGUUGCAGAGAGUCUGGAGCCUCCAGACUGUUCUCUGACCUCGGGGUGACCUCUGACCCCAGGGUACUGGAUGUUACAGACCUGCAGUAAUGGACCGGACCAGGCUUUUAAACAUAUCUGUGAUGGAUGUUGACUCUGAGAGUGAGUGAGUGCUGAAUGCUGAAUUCAGCCUUUACACAUCACACUACUUUGGAGGAUCUGUGUGUUUCAGGAACUGGACCAAAUUUCAGACUGGACCUGCUACCAUACAUCAUUCCUCAUGCAGGCUAAUCAGGGUUUACUGCAGGAGGCAGGGAUUAAAGUGGUGCUGAACCCAUUUAUUGUUUAUUAAAUGACUUUUAAUGGUCCACUAACACUAAAUUUGUGCGAUCGUUCAUAAAGAAAUAAAAAUAAUUUCCACUGCCUGUAGGGCAGAUUGUAAUAAUAACUGUCAUUUUAAGUCUUUACCUCAGAUGAAAUGAUGCACUUCUAAGUUACUCCUUUAAGGCAAAGAACUAAACUAAGCAGCUCUGCUCCAAAUUGGGGCGGAGCCUAUUUCAAGGCCAGAAAAAUACUGAAACGAAGAUAUUUACUUCGAAAAGUUAGAAAAGUAAGAUUUUCAUUUUGAAAGCACCCUGUUGUCCGGCAGAGGGCAGUGUUUUCUUUUCAAGGUCAAUUAUUGAAUAAAUUCAGCAAACACCAGACACACUGAUGAAAUAACAAGUUUAAAGACGUAAGACAGGGUUAGCUUUGCAGUUUUUAACUGGACAUGUGCAAACAGGGAUGUAAAAAGAGCCAGUCAGAUUGCAAACUUUGAAAUCACGAUGCUGUUUCUAUUUGAGACUAAAAGGUAAAUUAGGCACCUGGUCAUAGUGUGUGAUUUGAGGCAUGGCUUCCCAGUGAUUUGUUUCACUGUGUUUACCAGCAGGAGGCGCCAGAGUAAAAACAUACACACGCACAUGUCCAGCAAUUAUUUCAUUACGAGCUCAGUCGUCAUUUUUUUUUAUUUUUUUUUUUAUUUUUGUCUCGUUUUUAAGUUGUCUGACUGAUUCUUAAAAUAGUCAACUAAGCAAUAUUUCCGUAAAUCACUUUCUCCAGUCCAUCUUUCUCUUUCCCAGUCAUUUACACUGGCCCACCACCUUUUUUGUUGCAGUUACUGUUUCCAUUAUAACAAAGACUUUUUUGUGUUCUGUAUGCGGUUGUUUUGCUGUUUAACUUCUGCUCUGUUUAGGUGUAUAUUGUGUGUUAAUGUUUCCCAAAUGUGGAACAACAAAUGUAACGCAGAACGAGUUCAGUAAGAGUCCUGAUUAGAAGAAAAUAGGAAGAUGUUCAAGAUCGAGAAUAAAUAAAUAAAUGACAGCAGAAAGAUG